GGCGCAAAUGCACUUGCGUACGGAGCAGUGCUUGACAUGUUGCAGCGGAAAAACAACAUCAACAUCAGCAUCAUCAUCCCGGGCCCAUCCCUUGUACACAAUGCAAUGAGUCUCCUUAUAAGAUGGAGCGCUUCACGCCCACUUACAGCAACCCAAAGAGCUGUCCAGCUCUCCGGCAACCCGUUCCUCUACGGCCAAGCGCGUAACGGGUCUCUUUCUGCGAUACAUCGCGGUAUUCACCGUUCCGACAAACCACGCAACGACCGUACCGACCGCAACUCCAGAUCUUCCUCCAGGCCACGAUUCACAGAGUCUCGAGGUGGCGGCAGAUCGAGAGAUGCAGCCAAAUCUAAGCCCGAUGCCUUCAGCGAUCGAUUCUCCAGUGCUAUCGGUAACCGUCGAGAUGGCCCACGAGACCGCGAACAGCGCCAUUUCAAGCCCAAGAAGGCCUUCCAGAAGAUGCAAGAGAGAAUGAAAGAGCAGGAAGAAGAGGGAGGCAGGAAAUCCCGGAGCAAGCGGUUCAAUAACCCCGAGUUCUCCUUCGGCAAGAAGAGCUUGGUCUACCAACUCAACCGUGGCGAGUUAAAGGACAAGGUUGGCAGGCUGCUGGAGAAGAAUAGCCCAACAGAAGUGGAGGAGUCAUCGAGGUCACCAGCACAGCGUGAAAUUCAAAACGACUGGUUCAAAGGCCGUCAAGAGGAUCGUCAAGACGGCCGCCAGCGCGAGCGAUUCCAGGAUCGCCGUCCAGAACGUCAACCCGAACGAUUCCAGGAUCGCCGCCCGGAUCGGCAACGCGACCAGUUUUCAGACCGCCGUCCGGAUCGCCGGGAUGCUCAGUCAGAACGGAGGUCAGGCUUCACGCCAGGCUUUGCGCGAGAGCGCAUGAACUCCAUGCGAGAGGGUGCCCGCAGAGAACUCGAGGGCGCCCCUCCUCGGCGAUUUGGGUCAAGGCAGCCGGACCAUGAGGCAUCCUCCGAUCCGUCAGAAUUCCGUGGCUUGGUACAGUUCACCACAGCUGCGUCGCAGUUCCUCUUCGGUCGCUCGGUCGUCAAGGCAGCGCUGAAGAACUCGCAACGCAAACUCUACCAUCUCUACCUCUACCAGGGAAGUAACAAGAAGGAAAGCAUGGACGAUAAGUGGAUCUUGUCCAUGGCGGAGAAGAAGAAGGUCAAGAUCACUAAGCUGUAUGAAAACGACCAACAGCUGCUCGAUAAAAUGAGCAAGGGACGCCCACACAAUGGCAUCGUGAUGGAGACAUCCCCGCUACCCCAGUUGCCGAUCACAGGCCUCGGCGCAGAACACAGCGAGCCUCAGGGCUACCCCGUAUCCAUAGCACGCCAGUCCAUGGAAGACGUCGCGAUCAACGGAACCGAGGGGUUCAUUCCUUACAGGCCCGGUACGGCCCGGCCGCUUGUGCUCCUUCUGACCGAGAUUCUGGACCCCGGCAAUCUCGGUGCCAUUCUUCGGACAGCCCGGUUCCUCGGUGUUUCGGCGGUUGCUAUUACGAAGAGGACAUCAUCAUCGAUCACGUCUACUGUUUUGAAGGCGUCUGCGGGCGCUUCUGAGGAGUUGCAGCUGUUUUCUGUGGAGGAUCCGGGAGCUUUCCUUCACGCUAGCGCAGCCGCUGGAUGGACCUCAUAUGCCGCUGUCGCACCGACAGCUGGCUUGCGUAGAGACAACCGCCAGUGGACACCGGAAAGUAUUGAGGAGACGAAGCCUCUCCUUUCGCAACCUUCCAUUCUCGUUCUUGGCAACGAGGGCACUGGUCUCCCGUAUGAUAUCAGGAAAAAGGCCACUCAUGAGAUCACGAUCCCACGGAUGGCAAUGUCGAGCUCGGUGGACAGCUUGAACGUCAGCGUAGCCACAGCCUUGCUCUGCAACUCGUUCCUGAGAGGCACUGCAGAGCCUAGCAGUCUUACGGAAAGGCUGCAGAAGGAAGCUCACAAGGCAGAUGCCGGCGAAAGUAUGUUUUAGAGCGUUCUCUCUUGUGGGAAAGAUGUGUAACACCAUAUGAUCAUGUAACAUAUUGUACAAAUACCUGUAAAAGUACGGAGUACAUUUAGAGUACCUGACAAGACACGUAAGCGAUUUCGGUGAUGCAAAGCCAGGCCUCUUCUCUGUAUAAUAGACAUUCGUUACGAAGGUAACUACCUUACCAACAGAGGCUCUGAUGCGAGCUUGCAUAUGCCGUGCUGUCUUGGAGUUCUCGCAAGCAUAAGAUCGGCCUGAC